AUGGCGGACUGUGUGAAUCCGCUGGAACAGGCGAUCGGAUUCUACGUGAACCUAACAAAUGGUAAGGUUCACGUCUACGACCCCUCUCAUCAUGUGCCGUCGAUUCCGCUGCAGUUGAUGGAUCAGCAUCAAAAGCAUGAGAACGAGAUUGAGGAGGGAGAGAGUGGGGAUGAUGAGGAGUUUCGAAUUCUGGGGCAUUCAAUGUUUCUGAAGAGGAGGAGGGAUGGAGAAUCGGUGGCAUCGUGUUCUUCGUCUUCGAAACGGGUUUCGAUCGAGCGGUUCGAGCCUUACGGUCUCGAAUCGCGACGAAGUGCAGUGCGGGCUUGGGGGAAUCAACUGCUCUGCGUUGCAGACCCGGAUGUUUUUUGGAUUAUAGAGAAGGAAAAGCGGAGGCAAUUCAAAGGGAUUGAAUUGAUAGCUUCAGAGAAUUUUGUGUGUCGGGCUGUGAUAGAAGCUCUGAGGAGCUAUUUGACGAACAAUCCUCAACCUUCCCCCCAACCGGAGCAAACUGACCGAGCUGAAUCUCCGAAGUGGGCUCCGCCGCUGACCUUCAAUGACCAAGACAUCAAAGCUACUGACUCGGUCGUGGCUGAAAAAGAUCACCAAUUGGCCUUUAACCUGGCCAAAAGUGUGUGCCUCCCCAAGGACAUGGAGCACCACUUAAAGCAAUUAAACACCGAAAUGAAGUCAAUCCGGUCCACAUCGAAGUCCAUGAUCUUGGCCUUACAAAAGAACAAUAUUACUUACAAGAAAGUCCAAGAACUGAGAAAAACCACAAGGCAAGCAAUGGCAGAAGCCGAGGCAAAGGCGGCCGAGCUAGAAGAAGCCGAAAAGAGAAUGGCCGAGCUACAAGCGGAGAACGGCCGUCUUGCCGAUCUGGUUAGUUCGGCGGAGGCAGAGAGGCAGAAAGCGGCCAUUGCUAUGAAGGACAAAUAUCUGCGGGAGUUGGUGAAGCUUGAGAAGAGAAAAGACACCGAAAUAAGCGAACUAAAAAAGAGCGUGGAGGCGGCCGAAAAGGAGGGGUACAAGCGAGGUUACAAGGAGGCAGAAGACGCCUAUGUCAAACAAUGCGACGCCGCGAAGGAGCUGUUCUUUAAGUGCGGCUGGAGGGCGGCUGUGGAGAAGCUCGGUUAUGAUCAACAGACCGAGGUCUUCGACCCUCCAGCUUACUUUAUACCGAAGUCCCUUGCGGAGUAUGCAGACGCCUUGCAACAAGAGUUUCUGGAGGACUCAGACUCUGAUGACUCCUCUGCUCCCGAAGACAUUCCAGUUGUAAGUGCAGACCCGUCACUUCGGUUGGAGCCCAUGGUGGAUGACCUACCUAUCGAACAGCCAAAUGAAACCGUGGUUCCAACCGAAAGCAUUCUGGUAACCGAGAGUGAACUUCCUCUUGCAACCGGUCUUCAAGUUGCUGGUGACGCGGCUUUUGACGCCGAAAUUGAAGAACUUUUUUCCUGA